AUGUCAUUCGCUACUGAAUUUACUAGUAAAUGUUUGGAAAAUUCUGGAAUUGCAGCUAAAAGUUUGUCAGGAGAACAAACGUUGUUUUCGAAAUUCGUCGAAGAAUCUAAAAAAUAUUCAGUAUUCUGCGAGAAAUAUUCAGUAAUUGCUACAUUUUGCACAAAUUCAGUCGGAUUUUUAGAAUUUGUAAUUGGUUCUCAAAUUGCUGGAAUAAAAUUAGUUCCAUUGAAUCCAUCGUAUAAAGCAUAUGAAAUAGAAGAAUAUCUGAAAAUCACAAACCCUUCCCACAUUAUUUUAUCAAAAGAUGUCGAUUCAACAAAAUUCAAGAAUUAUGAUUUCACAUUUAUUGAAGAUAUCGUAAUCACUGAUUAUUCUAAAUCUGGAAAAGAUUAUAAAAAUAGUGGCAAAAUAAUAUUCUUCUCUUCUGGUACAACUGGUCCACCAAAACCAUUUAUUUAUGAUUCUCGAAUUCUUUUGGCACAUCUUCAACAAUUCGAAUUAAUUCAAAAAUCACCAAAAUAUUAUUCUCCAUCAUCAACUGAUAUUUGUUUUGGUGUUCUUCCAUAUUUUCAUGCUGGUGGUUUGAUUACUGUACUUUCAAUGUUAUGGAUUGGUUGUACUGUAAUUAUAAAUGAAAGAUGGGAUGGAAAAGAAUUUAUUGAUACUUGUAAUAAAUAUCAAGUCAGUGUCCUUUUCUUAGUACCUCCAGUUUUAAAAUUUCUGGCGAAUGCGGAAUAUGAGGAUUUGAAAAAUUUGAAAACAAUUUAUGUUGGAGCUGCUGCAUCGGAAAAAUCAGAUUUUGAAAAAGUUGCGAAACGGUUUAGCAGCUUGGAAAAUUUGAUACAAUGUGAGUUUUGAUAUUCCAGGUUUUCUAAAUAUAUUUUAUUUUAAGUGUAUGGUUUAACAGAAUGUGGAGUUUUGAUAAGUUCAACUGUGAAAGGUAUUUCGAAUGGUGAAAAUGUUGGUAUUCCAUUUCCAUUAGUUGAAAUAAAAUUGGACUCAAAUAAUCAAAUUCUGGUAAAAUCUCCAACUUCGACAAUUCGAGAAGAUCAAUUUAUGGAAACUGGAGAUUUGGGAAUUUUCAUCGGAGAACAACAAGAAUUGAAAAUAAUUGGAAGAUCGAAAGAGAUGAUCAAAGUUCGGGGAUGGCAAGUUAAUCCAAAUGAAAUUGAAGAAUUUGUAAAAUGCCAUUUAAACAUUGAUUGUGCUGUUUAUCAAAAUUCCGAUCAAAAACUUUUGAUGAAAGUUGUUGGAAAAGAAGAUAAAUCCCUCAAAAACAAAAUCUUGAAAAUGAUAAAAGGUCAGCUAAUCCAAUUAUAGUUGUUUGAACAAUAUGAGAUUUCAGAAAAUUUCGCAUCUUACAAAUCCAUCGAAAAUGUUUUAUUCUGCUCGGAACUUCCUAGAAAUGCAUCAGGAAAAUUGAUGAGAAGAUUCUUAUGA